UGAACAAGUGAACACAAUGUUCAGUUAUCGUACAGAAAAUAUUUCUAGUAUAUCAAUAUUUGAUGCGGUCUUUUUACUUCGGAAUGAAUGCGUUAUUCUAUAUAUUUUCAUUGGCCGACUAAGACGAUUGCAUCAGGUUUUGUUACUAUUUUUAGUACUUAGCUCGAUAGGAAGUUGAUGGCUGUCUUGACAUUUUCUUCACAGUUGUACACGAAUUAUUAGUUCUCUCUCUUGAUCUUGUUGAUCAAGUUAUACACGAAGUUGUGGAAGGACGGGAAGCGUCAGCUUUCCUCUUCUGUGUUGAAGAUGCCACCAAAGAAGACCUAUGAAUCGUACGAGUCUGACUCUGACGGGGACUCCCAGCAGAGCCAGACACGUGGCGGGGGUGGAAAGCGUCAAAAGCUGGACAAAAACAGUGACGAAUACAAAAAGCGUCGAGAGCGCAAUAACGUAGCAGUUCGCAAAAGCCGAGAGGCCAGUCGUCAGAAAGCCAAGGACACAAUGGAAAAGGUGGCUCGCCUGAGGGAGGAGAAUCGGGCCCUGGAGCAGAAGGUGACAAUUCUUAAUAAAGAACUGGGCGUGUUGCGGGAUCUGUUCCUCACACAUGCCUCUGCGACGGCUGCGGCUCAGGCUGCUACUGUGACCAAACUCUUACCAAAGUCGGAGGUAGAAGAGGAUACAGCUUCAAAGGACAGCUCGGAAAAUUCAGAGACAGUGAUUAAAGAUCAUAAGUAUUUUGUUACUCAAAAGGAUGCCUGAAGUGUACGCAAAUGGCUGAGUUUGUGAAUUUCUACCUGCUGAGGUUAAGAUGGCAAAAGCAAAGUGUUCCGUCUUUGAAGUGCUUAUCAUUCCGUUCAUUUGUAUGCCCUUGUGAAAGAAAUCUUGGGACAGUAGGACUGACAGCGUUGAAGACAGACCUUGAAACUGUAAGUCAUGAGUGCAUUGUGCUGUAACGUCAAGGUGAAACAUGAUGGUUCUGCUACUUAUAUAUAUAUAAUAUACUAUAAGUGAAAAUGAGAACCUUGAAUAUUUUGUAGUGUUUUGUUACUACUAUACCCCUGGGAAUCCUAACUCUUGCCCUUCCUCACCUCCUGAGACUUUUGUUUGCAUUCUUUGCAGUUAUCUAUUCACCGCAAGUUCUGUGGCCAUACUGAGUGAAGAAAAGUGUAUGAGAAUCAUGAUAAAAAUAUAUGGAAGUGGAAUAAAAGAAUGACACUACUAAUCAAUAAUUGAGCUGUCACUGUCAUAGGCAAAGAUCUUUUUUGAAUCCCAACCCUAUUCUAACAUGAGAGAGCAAGGCCAUUUUGCUCCUGGGAGCCUCUAUAGUUUUUAUGGAAGUUGAAUAUUUUGAGAAGAAUCACCCACCCACCCACUUUGGAGACAACACUUGAUGUUACUUUUGGAACUAUUUCUACUAUUAAUAUAAUCAGAUGUCUUGGAAAAAAUGUGGUGCAGCUGUUUGCUGUCCUAUUCCCAGUUAUGGUGCCUUUUGACCUGACCAUGCUGUUUGUGCUAUCUUUUUAGAAUUGAUUCGUAUUAUGAUUAUUUAAUACGGAUUAUUAAAUAUCAUGGUAUCAUUGAGAGGUGUAUUGCAGAAUCAUAUUUUUUUCAAAAUCUUGUGUUUUGUCAGAUUCGUGGACCCUACGAGUUAAAAUACAAAUUUGUUUCUACUCUUAUUUCGUGAGGCAACUUUUAAGAAAAAAUAUGGAGCGAGACAUUACAAGUAACAUUUUUCAUUAGAGAAUCUGAGACUUAGUAACUUAAAGAAGUUUAUAUCCGUGGUGUCUCGACUCAAAGAGGUCAAAAUUGGACUUUAUAAAGUUGUUUCUCAGUGAUAUUCGCAGAUUUUUUCCUUUAUAGAAAAUUAUUGUUUUCCAGUUUAUUUUAAAAAUCAUGCAGAGUCCUGCUCGUGAAGGUUAUCCGUUAUGUACUUUACUUGAUGUAGAUAAUGUAAUGUUUAGAGGAAGUAAUUAAUUACAAGCUUUGGGCCACGACUGUGUUGCUCACAUUCUGUGGCACAUUGAUGAAAUUUCAUUUUCUUUCAUGGAUUAUGAUGUCAUUUAUAUAGGGCAUAUAUCAUCGUGAUUCACUUUUCAGUUUUUCAUUUAUAAUAAUUAAUAUGUUGUUGAACUAAACUUUGUACCUCUACAAGUGUCAUAAUUUUGUAAUUUACUGUUUUGGAUAUGACUGAUUGAUUUUUGGAUGUAUCCAGUGCAGGGGACCUGCGCAUUUAUUGAAAUAUUUGUAUUAUGAUACACACAUGUGUGUGUGUAAAAAAAGCUGGGCCUAGUUCUGGUGCUUUUCAUAAAUUUUUCAAAGUAAUUUAGGCCUGCCUUUGUCGUCAGCACAGAGUAAAAUUUCUGUGCUGUUAUCCUCUGAUAAAAACUGCUGUUGGUUUUUUCCAGCUUUUUUUUUUAAUCAUUUGCCUUUUUUUAUGUAACAUCAUUCACCCCUCCUGGAUGAUCUUACGCAAAAUCCUCGGUCAAUUCAUUCUCGCCUUUUACUUUAAGGAGAGAAGAUCACAAAAAGGAACAAAAGAAUUUUUUAAUGAGCGUUGUUUAUUAUUAUGAUCAUCAAAAGUUUGUCAUUGAAUUCAUUCAUAUUUCCUGACACUUUGUGAUUGAACAUUCCAUCAUUUCACAUGGUUGUUUAACUUUUUUUCUACGUGGUUAACAAGUGUGUUCAAGACAUUUCAUCGAAACACUUUUGGGGGAUUGGGUUUAAAGCACACAACAGCUGAUAAUAUACUGUGAGCAUAUUUGUAUCAUGCACAAUCGAAACAGAAAAACAAAAUGUAUGUUUCAUUACAAUAGUUAUUCAUAGGUACUUUGUAUUGGUGUAAUAUUUUAUGAUGAAUUUUAUUAAAUAUUACAUAAUAUGUGCAGACUUAAACUUGAUGUAUCUUCAUUUCAGUUUUCAAUGUUUCUACUUCGAAAUCAUUGCUUAUAAUAAUGCUGUUUCACAAAGAUCUCUUGUAUUGGGUUUACCUUUAUAUUCAACUAUUUCGGAUUAAGGCUCUCAGCUUUGAGCAAAUAUUAUAGUUUUUCUUAAUUUUUUUUUGUAAGGGAAACCUUAAAAUUAAAACAUUGGAUGCCAUUUAUGCAGUGCUUUCGGAUACCGGUAAAUGUAGAAUCUUCAGCGCCAUGAAUUUUGUCUCCUUUCAUUGUAUGUGGACAUGGUGUAGAAGAAAGCGGAAUGAGAGAGGGAAAGUGGAAUGCAAUGCUAGCUACCUGACUGAAUAAAAGUGCAAUGAAUGUCAAGUGUUCUCUUGGAAGUAAUGACGAUACAAGGGACUGUGCUGCUUUGGAGUGAAAAUGAAUAGACUAUUUAUGCAUUGCUAUUGGCUCCAUUUUAUCAAUAAUGUCGUGUUUCAUUGAUCACCGACUCCAGUUUUCCCCAAUUCUCAAGCUGCAUAUCCAAAAAUGUAAGAUGAUACGACUUAGCAUGCAGUUGUAUUUUUCACUUAUAUGGUGUGAAGUGUGGAUGCGAAAAGUUUUGUGAAAAUCAGUCCGAAUGUAAAGCUCCUCUAUGGAAGCUCUGUUAUUGUAUACUUUUGCAGACUUGCGUAUUGUGUGACUGUGAUUGUGCACAAGACUUUAUGUGGGUGCCAUGCCUGUCUUUAGGCAGACGUGUCACAAGUGUGGGGUCAUUCUCAUCCGGCAAUAAAUAAUACAAAAUUUACACCACAGCAUGUUUGGCAGGAGCUGCACUGUUACUGUUACUGUUACUGUUCAAAGUUACUGUUGGAAGGAAAGGUUUUCUCUCUGAGAGUGGCCCACAGUCACUAUCUAUCUGUCCCCGCGGUUUUAUUGCAAAAAAAAA